UUUUGCUAUAAAUUCUAGACAAAUUUCCAAAAUAUCAGCAAGUACCUUUGUAUCAUCGAAUACUAACAGACGCUACUAAAAUCAAUACAAAAAUGAAAUCUGUUAUCUUUUUCGUUGUUUUGGCUUUUGCUGCUGCCUGCGUUUUGGCUUGUGAUCCCGAUGGCAACAAUAUGCCUGAAUGUAACGCCAAAAAUGUGAAUGUACCCAUUCGUAACUUCUGGGAUCCCACUCACUACUGGGUGUGCAAUUCUGCCGGUGCUGCCGCUGAAUCCGUUCGUUGUCCCGAUUCUCAAGGUUUCGACUCUGCUAAGGGUGAAUGUGUACCAUUCGAACAAUGGUCAUGGACCGCCCCUUGCCCUGAAGACUCUAACUAAAUUAUUUUUGUUAACGACAUAGAAAAUGAAAAAAAUUAUUUUAUUUAAAAUGAAAAA